AAAAUUAAUAAAUUAAUAAGUGAAGUUAGUGAAGUAAAAGAGAUUAAUUACGAGGAUGAGUGUCGUAUAUCCGAGCGUUUGAUCGAUUUGAUGAAUAGCACUCACUACGAGUUAGUUCAAGAGAAUGGACAACGACGUUUGACAGCCCCAGAGUUUACCAAGGAGUACCGUGACCGCAUCAAAGGAGCUGAAGUCUUUGUGGGACGCCUCCCACGAAACUGCUACGAAGAUGAACUGAUGCCGGUGUUGGAGAAGGCUGGACGUCUGCUGGAGCUGAGGUUGAUGCUGGACUUUUCUGGAACUACUCGUGGCUACGCGUUUGCCAUGUAUAAAGAUGCUAAAUCUGCUGGACGUGCUCGUGCUAUGCUUGAUGGCUAUGAAAUAAGACCUGGGCAUAGGAUUAAUGUUGUUAAAUCUGUUGAUAACUGCAAACUGUUCUUCGGUGGUGUUCCCAAGGAUAAAACAAAAGCUGAGUUUAUUGAAGAACUGAGGAAAAUUUUUGAUGGAAUUUCAAACGUUUACUUGUAUCCGAAUGCUGAAGAUCCUUCACUAAAUCGUGGGUUCAUUUUUGUCGAGUUUAAAGAUCACCGAUCGGCUGCAAUGGCAAGACGUAAGCUCAUUCCUGGCAGAGUUAUGUUGUGGGACCAUGAAGUAGCUGUUGAUUGGGCAGAACCUGAGCCUGGAGAGUCUUUAGAUGAUGAAGUUAUGGAGAAUGUGACUGCUUUGUUCAUCAGAAAUAUAUCACGAGAGCUGCCUCACCAAAAAGUUCGUGAUAUUUUACACAAAGCAACUGGUAUACCGAUUAUAAAAUUAAAAAAAAUUAAUCACUUUGCAUUUGUUCAUUACAAGACCCGUAGAAUGGCUCAGAGAGUUCUUGAAAUCGCGAGUGUUUCUGGAGGAAUUGCUGAUCAAACACAUUGGGAAUUUUCUUGGGCAAAACCCAUUGGCUCAUCUAAAAUACAAGAAAGACAACGUGCGAUCCAAGACGCGUUGGCAGGAAUAAACUUAAAUGACAAUCAACAGUCUUGUAGUGUUUGGAAGCCAUCUCUUUCUUACAUUAAACAUCAGGUAGCCAAAAAAAUUACCAAACUCGCUGAUCCAAGUAGUCCUGACAUAAGUUGCAUGUCACCAUCAACUUCAAAUAACUCACCAGACUUCACACGUGCUGUAAUAUAUCCAAUCAGGCCUCCAGGUUCUUUUCCUACGAAUUAUAAAAAACUUUUAGAAGACUUGGUUAUUCAAAAUUUUGAUGCGCGGUGCCAUUUCGUUUGCAUUCCAGUGCUCCUGACAUAUGGAUUUAUUUGCAAGAUUGUGCACGAGUUUCAAGGUGAGCUCUAUUCAACUCAAGAUCAAGCGAUUAAUGUGACAUCAAGAGUUGUGUACUAUAAACUUGUAAACAAUAUUACUCAGCCUUUAAUGGUUCAACCACCUGUUUUUAAAUCUACAAGUUUUAUACCCAAUCGCAUGGAAACUUGCCAC